AUGACCAAGAGCGCUGACGUCACCAUCUGUCAUCAGCCGUUAGACUCAGCGCGGAAAAGCACCAGAAAACAGCAGAAAACACCAGAAACCCGGGCCGCAACCCGCAGAGCAGAGCAGAUGGAGAAGAAGAGGACAGACUGUGCUGCGCUGCCCCCUGGCUGGAAGAAAGAGGAAGUGAUCCGCAAGUCUGGGCUGAGUGCAGGGAAGAGCGACAUCUACUACUACAGUCCCUCAGGGAGGAAGUUCCGGUCCAAGCCUCAGCUGGUCCGAUUUCUGGGAUCGUCAGUGGAUCUGUCCAGUUUCGACUUCAGGACCGGGAAAGUGACUGUGGGGAAAGUGCUCAAGCACAAACAGAAGAGACACGAGGGGGGAGGAACCAACAAGAGCGGGAAACUUGACCUGAACACUGCGCUCCCGAUCCGUCAGACUGCCCCCAUCUUCAAACAGCCGGUCACCAUGGUAACCAGCCACUACGGCAACAAGGUGAAGAGUGAUCAGCAGAGGGCGCCAGAGCCACCAAGACAGAUGUUCUGGGAGCAGAGACUCAAAGGUCUGAGAUCUUCAGACGUCACAGAGGAACCAGUGAGGAGUAUGAGACUGCCCCCUGAGCUGAGCUGCAUUGGCCCCGCCCCCUCGGAGGACUGCCUUUUAUGGUCCAUUUCGUCGGCGCUGCACCUGAGCUCUGGACCAAUCAGUGGGCAGCAUUCCAAUGCUGAGAGAAACCCCGCCCUCUGGAUCAACUGCAGCCAACCACUGUGUCGCGGCUUCACCAUCACCGACCAGCAGAUCAGGGAGCAGGAGGAGGUGGUGGAGGAGGUGCGCCGCUCGCUCGUCGAUGCGCUCAGUGCAGACUCGAUCGCCCGCAUCACAGAGAGGAGAGAGAGGAGACGCUAA